CGUAAACAGAUGAAAUAUACCAACCAAACAGCUUGAGACUGAAGGAUAAGUGAGCUAAAGAGAAUGCCACCAAGAAAACGUACUAUAUCAACGAACAAUGGGAAUGGUGAUCAGAAAGUGACGAAGAGAACCAGGAAGUCCGCUCAGUUACCGUCAAAUGGUGAACCUCAUCCUCAAGUCAUUGACACGUAUAAACCAUUGAGCAAAACAUCUGCUGACAAGACAAUCAAGGGCGUGUUACAAUCGAUAUAUGGGAGAAAGAAGGCAGAUCAAGACGUUGGACUCAGACUCUUGAUAUCCUCUACAGAAGGCGAUAUCUUACUGGGUCCGCCGGGGGAGAGCCAUAUUGAAUGGAUUGCCAAACAGUCCCAGGUGAAGGUGCUCGAAGUCACCGAUAAGAUAGAGGCCAGUGUAGACAGAGAGGUGGUGUUACUGGGUAAUGCAAAGCAGGUGGUACAUGCUACUGCCCUGGUAGCGUUUACCCUUGGGAGUAUUCUCGAAACAUGCACCACUGAUACACUGUUUCAUUUGACCUUACUAGUGCCAGAAUGUGCGACGCAAGGGCUCGAAAGGUUGAACGUGGAAUUAUCCUCCGAGUUUCUGCCUUUCUCCAAUUACAAAACCGUCUACGCUAAUGAACACUUGCCGAAGCUGACUGAGACGUUGAAAGAUGUUGUUUCACAUAUUCAUGAUUCGGUUACCGACUCUACAGUUUUGAUACAUCCUCAGGGAAUACCAAUUGUUGGUACUCAUCUCACAAACCAGACACCAGAGACUACACAGAGACUGCUCAAUCAGAGCAGAGACCUGUUUGUCAAGUUCAUUAACAAGGACUACACACAUCUUCUUUCUAAGGAGGAUGACCCCAAACAACACUCGCUGGAAACUAUUGAAGAAGCAGAAGGCACGUGUCAAGAAAAGAUUAAAGACUUAGAGCCAAUAAAGCAAGUCAUCGACAUCCCACUAGACAGUGUUAGUAAUGUCAUUGGAAGAGGCGGAUUCAAAAUCAAAGAAAUCAGAUCCAAAUCAAACAGUAAUGUUGUCAUUGGCGACUCAAUUAAGGAUAACAAGUAUAGAACCGUGACAUUGACAGGACUUCCGGAAGGCAACUUGACGGCACUCAGGUAUUUGAAGGGACUCGUCUAAUGAGGACCUUACACAACUUAUGUAAUUACCAUGAAUCCCUUGUUUACGGGUUAAUCCGGACACCUAAUAACCCUAACACCGGUACAUCCGUACACCGCAAUGUAGCCGAGGAAACACACAGGGCACACACGCUCCAGAGAUAGCUCGAAAUUCG